GCGAUUCUGUAGUGUCCUUCCCUGCAUGCUUCUGCGCCGACCGCCUUAACCUAUUUGACCCCUGGACUGCACAAUUGCGCGCGCGUGCCAUGGCCACUCCGUCUAGCGCUUUCCAUACCGCGUCGGCGGAUAAUGCGAACGAGGACGAUCCAACGGGCCCGUCCGAUUCGGUUUUCUACCCAGAUGACGCAGACCCCUCUUCCGCUCAGCCGUCGCACGACCAAGAUGACUCGAAACCAACGAAGGAGCCCCUCCCUAUGCAGAAGAGGCGUCGUGUAACCCGAGCUUGUGACGAGUGUCGGCGAAAAAAGAUCAAAUGUGAUGGGAAACAACCAUGUACUCAUUGUACCGUCUACAGUUAUGAAUGUACCUACGACCAGCCAUCGAACCGUCGCCGUAAUCCCGCCCCUCAGUAUGUGGAAGCGCUCGAGGCUCGUCUACACAAGGCGGAGGCUCUCCUCCGGGUCGUCCUUCCCGACAUCAAUCUCGAUGAUCCUCGGUUCGAUGAGCAUGCUACCGAGCAAAUGCUAGCCGCCGUCAAACGCGAGAAACACCAGCAACAGCAACCACCACCCGUGACCACCAACGGCUCCAGUUCUUCGACCGUCACUGCCGGUCCAGCGGAAGCUCCAUCGGAUGGCUGUUGCGGCGAAGAAUCUCUACUUGAAUCCAUGGUUGACAAUUCGGGCUAUCUGGACUUGGACGAUCAGGGCCAUUGGGAUUAUCAUGGACACACCUCCGGCAUCAUCUUCCUCCGACGUUUACGGAAGCAGCUUGGCGCCGUUGACAUCUCGGCGCCAACGCUUCGAUCGCGACCGAUCACACAGAUGUUGGACAGCCCCAAGUCGGCGUCGGAGUCGCCGCAGGAUGCAUCACUGCCCCCUACUCAUGACCUGCCAUCACGCGAUGUGGCACGGCGUCUGUGUACCAACGCCUUGGAAGACGGUUGUUCUCUAAUGCGAUUUGUUCACGAGCCCUCGUUCUUUGCUAUCUUUAAUCGGAUCUACGAUACCCCUCCUGAGCAAUAUACCAACGAAGAACAUGCUUUUCUACCUCUUCUCUACAUUGUUAUGGCUGUCGGUUGUUUGUUCUCGGACGAUGGGGCUGGUACCCUCGAUAUCUCCGGCUAUGAAAGCGCUAUAGGCCAAGGGUUUCAAUUCUUCAAGGCUGGCCGGCAGCUCUUAGAGAUCACCGACUGUCGCGACCUAACAUCUCUCCAGGCAAUAUGUUUCAUGGUAUUAUUCUUGCAAUCAUCUGCCAAGCUGAGCACGUGUUAUUCAUACGUCGGCAUUGCCCUUCGCUCCGCCCUGCGACUAGGCUUACACCGCUCGGUAUCAGCUAACUUCAAUCCCCUGGAGCAAGAGCUGCGGAAACGCGUCUUUUGGGUCGUCCGGAAGAUGGACGUCUAUGUCAGCACGCUCCUGGGACUUCCCCAGAUGCUGAGCGAUGACGACAUCGACCAGGAAUACCCGGCGUCUAUCGACGGGGAAUUCAUCACUUCGGCUGGUAUUUUGCCAACACCGCCGGAUUAUACACCUCUCAUGGCAGGCGCCAAUGCGCACACACGACUCUCAAACAUUAUGCUGAAAGUGGUGAAGUACAUCUAUCCGGUCAAGGAUGCUCAACACCGGUCUGAGUCAGACCAACGUUAUGUUGUAAGCCAUUCUAAGAUCCGAGAGAUCGAGCGGGAUCUUCAGGCUUGGAUGGAGGAGCUACCUGCGGCCCUGCGGCCUGGGACCGAAGUGUCCCCUCAACUCGAGCGGGUACGGCAAUUGCUGCGAAUUAGCUAUGCCCACGUGCAAGUAGUCAUGUACCGCCCAUUCUUGCAUUAUGUCUCCAGUGGCUCUCAGGCGCGGGGCGUCGAUCGACGAUCCUACGCUUGUGCCGCUGCAUGCGUCAGCGUUUCCCGGAAUAUCGUCCAUAUAACCACUGGUAUGCAUAAGAGAGGACUGCUUAAUGGAGCAUACUGGUUCACCAUGUAUACUACAUAUUUUGCGAUUCUAUCUUUGCUCUUCUUCGUGCUGGAGAACCCCGACUCUCCUACAGCCAAGGAUGGCGUGCUGAAAGAUGCCAUGGAAGGCAAGAACACUUUAGCCGGACUUGCAAAGAAGAGCUUAGCGGCGGAUCGGUGCUCGCAGAGCCUUAUCUGCCUUUUCAAGAAUCUUCCCGAGUUACUGAAGAACCGCCAGAGUAAGGUCAACCCGGUGAAUCUAAAGCGCCCUGCUCCGUCCAGCAGCAACAAGCUGGCCAAUAUCAAAAGCCCUCCGGCUCCACCCGCGAUGCCUCCUCCACAGAGGGCGAGUACGUUCCCUAUCCAAUUGUUGAACAGGUCAUCCAAGGAAGCCAGCAAUCUGCCAAAGAGCUUAGACGACAACCAUCCCCGGCAUAAUCGGUCAAAUUCUCGUCCAGCCAACACCCCUCCUCCCUGGUUUUCGGCUACGCCCGAGCCCCCUACAGAAACUAUCUCGACCCCGUCAGAGACACAGGCAACAGAUUCUAUUCCUACCUCAUCCAAUACAUCUCCAUUGCCUAUCUCCUUAUCCUCCCAAGAGGCGCCCAUGGGACCAUUUAUCUCCCAGCAGUUCACUACUCCAUCCAACCUUCCUGAUCUCAUGCCCAUUAUGUUCCCCUCCGACGAUCCCUUUGCUUACCCUACUCAGCCAAUGUCUACCUUGGAAAAUGACCAUUUCCGACAGGAUGGCGGGGCCAUGCAAUUUGGGCGGGAUCCCACCACACAACGAUCCGUAAUAGCGUCCUCGUCCUCCACAGAUCUCACCAGCGCCAUUGGGGUAUCAGCACCGACCCUCGAUGGCCUGAGUAAUUACCCCCUAUUUUCCAACAGCACCCCACCUCUUGUGAAUGCCGCACUCCCUAUGCGCCUAGCGAAUCCACCUUCUGUGAAUCAGUCCCGAUUACAGUCACCCGUUUCACACGCGUCGACCCCAGCCAGUGGGGAGGCUGUCAAUAGCCCGGACCUGGUAUCCCUUCCCAACAGCACCUUCAUGUGGCAGGGCUACAACUUCCAGCCGCAGAACUUCCCCGCGGACCAGUCCACGCAGCCGCCGAUGCCAUCAGGAAAUGUGCAAAAUCUCGGCAUAGGAAUCGAGGACAACUCCAUGGGGAUGGGUAUCGAUUUAGGGAUUUCGCUGGAUGAUAUCUUUGGGAACAACGAUGCAUGCCGAACGACCAAUGGGCUACCCAACGACGAUUGGAUCCAAUGGAUGAAUGCCGGAAACUAAUCCCGUAUGAUAACUGUUUUGUCUGCCAUUUCCACGAAUAUAACGUUACGAGCAACGGAGUAUGGAUAUUGAUGCGGCGUUUGCGGUUUUCCUAUGUAGCUAUAAGUAUCAUUAUCCGUAUAUAGAUGAAAUGACAUGUUGA